AUGUCGGCACCCAACCAGUGCGAAUGGAGUCUCAAAAGCGGUGGCCAGACCUCUUUUCUCCUCUACGGAGCAAUGUCCGGCAUUUGUCCCAAUUGGCAUGACGAAUCCAAGACCAAACAGAGGUUCAGACAAAUCUAUCAGACGAGAGAAGAGGGUAGGUUCUGCGUCCUCGAAAUUGCCUAUUACGGGGAAACCGAAAUGGUCAUCUGGAAGUGGUUCCAUGAUGACCUGUCACAGAUCAAGAAGAAUACUCACGGCAUGUUCGAUCGCAUGAAUGACUUCGCCCCCCAGUACAUUGAUGCUGCCAAGAGAUGGAACGAGACAUGGAAGGUGAUUGCAACACUCGAGGAAGAGGACUGGGCCACUCAGCUGGGAAACCUCGGACUUCCUGUCUAUGUCGCGACCGUUGCGAGAAGGGCACCGGUGACAUCCGAGGGCGUUUUGGCGGCUUUAGGCGAGGUCAACAUGUCCAUGGCUCGUCUUCAAUGGCAUGCUACAAUGGCCCUGGAGAAUGAAGGAGGCCGAUGGAAGGUCUGGGGCGAGGUAGGUGAGCUCCCUUGA